UUACGGUGCAAAAUUAAUUGGUUUUCCCCAAUGCGCACACUGUCCACGACGGGGGUGGGUCACGGUGUGCACGUUUGUUGGGCAUUGCCUUGUGCCCGGACUUAUUUCUUUUGUAGCUAAUUUCAUCCGAGCCCCAACUUUGAACUAUUUUCCCCUUAACAGAAUCGCCCACUGCAGUAAUGGGCGUAUUAAUCACAAUGGCCAUCCGUCUUAAUCACUGAGUUCACAAUGACCGCUCCUCUUCCAGCCCCUAUUAAUCAACUGUUCACUGCCCCCCGGGAGCUCUGACGUGGUCGCUUCUGUAAAUCCUGCCGCUGAAGCGCUAAUAACGGUUUACUAUUACAAGGACACGAAGAGGCGCUGCCGUGCAUCCAAAGAAAUCCCCUAAGAAAAGCGGCACUGUGUUCUCCACCGGCCGACAAAGCCCAGCGUUAUUAGAUCAGGACAGAUAUGGCCAGAUGCCACACGGACUGUAUCGAGAAGCCCGUCUGUGCCGCUUUACAGAAGCUGGGACGGGUGGUCGGCAGACACCCCUGGUGGUUCUUCCUGAUUCCCCUUUUCGUUUCGGCAGGGCUCGGCAGCGGCUUUUAUUUCCUAAAGCAGGCCGAAGCCAACGACAUCGAGGACCAGUUCACUCCAGUUGGCGGACCCGCAAAGGCAGAGAGGCACCUGGUCAGUCAGUAUUUCCCCACAAACGAGUCCACUUUCACCCCUCAGAGACUCACCACCGAUGGGUCGUUCGCGGCGUUCAUUGCUGUAGACCAGAGCGGGAACAUCCUGAGUGAAGAAGCGCUUUCGGAGGUCCUGCGGAUUGACAGCGUGAUACGAAACAUCACCGUGUCCGAAAGCGGUCAUGCCUUCAACUACAUGGACAUCUGCGCACAGAAGCACGGGGACUGUGUCCCCAACCCGGUGCUCGAAGCUCUGGGGAACAAUGCGAGCAACGCAGAAAGCCUCGUCUUCCAAUACCCCAUGAUGAAUACGAAAACUGGACCGGUGUUUCUGGGAAUGGCACUUGGUGGAGUGAAAACGGACGAUAACGGGACAGUGCUGAGUGCGAAAGCCAUCCGAGUGAUCUACUAUCUGAAGGAGAGCGAGGUGGAGAGGAGUGAUGUGUGGCUGAGGGAGUUCAUGCGGGUCUUCUGUGGAAAUGACAGCGGCUUUGAGAUGAAACUGAAUCAGGUCUCUUAUUUUACGUCUCUAUCAAGACAAGAUGAGUUUGAGGCCAACUCCAAGAAAGUGAUCCCUCUGUUUUCCAUCACCUACUUCCUUGCGAUAUUCUUUUCAAUUGUAUCAUGUUUAAGGUUUGACUGUGUAAGAAACAAGGCCUGGGUUGCAGCUUUUGGAGUUUUCUCCGCUGGCCUCUCUGUCCUCUCUGGAUUUGGUUUGCUCUUAUACUGUGGCAUGCCUUUUGCGAUGACCGUGGCGAAUUCUCCAUUUCUCAUUCUGGGUAUCGGAGUGGAUGAUAUGUUCAUUAUGAUUGCUUGUUGGCAGCAAACGAAAGUUCAAGACUCUGUGGAAGAUCGCUUAGCAGAGACAUACAAAGAGGCCGCCGUCUCCAUCACCAUCACCACACUGACUGACGUUUUGGCCUUCUACAUUGGCAUCAUGACUCCCUUCCGAUCAGUGCAGUCCUUCUGCCUUUACACUGGCACCACCGUUCUCUUUUGCUACUUAUUCAACAUUACUUUCUUUGGGGCGGUUUUAGCUCUAAAUGGUAAAAGAGAGGAGAGUAACAGACAUUGGCUCCUUUGUAUGAAGGUACCAAAACAGUCCCCAGCAGAGUGCUCUAAAGCAUACAGCCUCUGCUGUGUAGGGGGUUCAUAUGACCCAUCUACUGGUGCAGAGACUGAACACCCAAUGAACCUCUUCUUCAAGAAGUGCUAUGGUCCUUUUCUGACAAAUGCCUGGACCAAAUUUUUUGUGGUGCUCUUGUAUGCUGGGUACCUAGCAGCCAGUAUUUAUGGAUGUUUCCAGAUAAAGGAAGGAAUAGAUCUUAGAAAUCUGGCUUUUGACAAAUCCUAUAUAGUCAGAUAUUAUGACCACGAAGGAGCAUACUUUUCAGAACACGGUCCAAAUGUAAUGGUUGUAAUCCCAGAGGAAGUUGCCUACUGGAAUAUAACCAUUCGCGAAGAUAUUGAUAACUGCAUUGGCCAAUUUAAAAACCUUUCGUAUAUUGAUCAAAAUCUUUCUGUAUCCUGGCUUCAGUUUUAUGAACAUUUUGCACAAAAGGCCAACAUUAAUAUAAAUAGCCAAACGUCAUUCAUCGAUAAUUUACCUAUAUUUUUUAGGAAUUUUCCAGAUUUCAAGCAAGAUGUUAAUCUUUCAGGGGAUGUUAUCAAUGCUUCUCGUUUUUUCAUUCAGACAGUAAACAUCAACAAUGCAGUUGCUGAAAAGAAUAUGCUGACUGAGCUGAGAGAGAUGGCAGAAAGCUGUAUUGUUCCCCUUGUAGUGUAUCACCCGGCCUUCAUCUACUUUGACCAGUACUUAGUCAUUAUUAAUAAUACUAUCCAGAACAUUGCAGUGGCCACUGCGGUAAUGCUGCUGAUCUCACUUCUGUUGAUUCCAAAUCCACUUUGUUGUCUGUGGGUGACAUUUGCUAUUGCAUCUGUCAUUGUAGGUGUGUCAGGAUUCAUGGCAUUCUGGGAUGUGAACCUAGACUCCAUCUCCAUGAUCAAUUUGGUCAUCUGCAUUGGCUUCUCUGUCGAUUUCUCUGCUCACAUCUCCUAUGCCUAUGUGUCCAACAAGAAACCAAAAGUCAAUGAUAAAGCAAUUGAUGCUCUCUAUAUCCUCGGCUACCCCAUUGUACAGGGAGCCAUCUCGACAAUUCUGGGGGUUGCGGUAUUAGCUGCUGCAGAAAGCUACAUUUUCAGAACAUUUUUUAAAAUUAUGUUCUUAGUCAUUGGUUUUGGCGCUUUCCAUGGCCUCGCUUUUAUUCCAGUGUUUCUCACAUUCUUUGGCUUGUGUGGCAAACCCAGUGAAUUAAAUUGUGAAGAAAAAAGUCGAGCUGAGUUUCAGUGCAGACCCAACAUGGAGUUAUACAACAGAAAUAUGGUCCAGUUUAACAACAGUAACGCAUCCCUUCGCCACCUUAACAGAACUAAGAUGGAUCCUGACUGCCCCUAAGAAGAUUGGAAGGUUUUCUGUUUUUGAAGCUUGUUCUUGAAGAUUUACUCCCAGCUAUCGAAAAGAAGCCAUUUCUCUAAGCUGGAUGAACCUGCUUGUUUGAUAGUAAUAUGCUUAUUUAUUGUAAAAUUAAGUCAGCUUUUCGGAGGGAAUAC